GUGACAUGAUCUAUCCUUAGAUUUUUGCGGCAUUCGGCACUUUUCCUCCUGAACUUCACUUGAGUGCUGUGGAGAAAUGGCUGCGAUCAACGGAACAACGCCGGCGAAUCUGGUUUUUGCUGUUAAUGGAGUGAGGUUUGAGCUCUCUGAGCUUGACCCCUCAACCACUUUGCUUGAGUUCCUCCGUAGUCGGACCCGCUUCAAGAGCGUCAAGCUUGGCUGUGGUGAAGGUGGUUGUGGUGCCUGUGUUGUUUUAAUCUCCAAAUAUGAUCCUGUGCUUGAACAAGUAAUUGACUUUACGGCAAGUUCUUGUCUCACCCUACUUUGCAGCAUACAUGGGUGUUCAAUAACAACAAGUGAAGGCUUUGGAAAUAGUAAAGAGGGAUUUCAUCCAAUUCAUGAAAGAUUUUCAGGAUUCCAUGCCACCCAAUGCGGCUUUUGCACUCCUGGGAUCUGUGUUUCUCUCUUUGGGGCUCUGGUCAAUGCUGAAAAGACCAAACGCCCAGAUCCUCCUUCUGGGUUUUCAAAAAUGUCAGUUGCUGAGGCUGAAAAGGCUGUUUCAGGCAAUCUUUGUCGUUGCACAGGCUAUCGGUCAAUUGCUGAUGCCUGCAAAAGCUUUGCAGCUGAUGUUGAUAUGGAGGAUUUAGGGUUGAACUCAUUCUGGAAAAUGGGAGAAAGAAAGGACAUCAAGCUUAGUAGGUUGCCUCAAUAUGACCAUAACCAUAAAAAUAAGACAUUUCCAAUGUUUUUGAAGAAUGAAAUCAAGCCUGAUGUGUUCUUAUUUUCUAAAAGACAAAGUUGGCACAAUCCUGCUAGUCUAGAGGAACUUCAGACUUUAUUAUUGGAAACAAACCAGGUUGUUGGAACCCAGAUAAAACUAGUUGUUGGUAAUACUGGUAUGGGUUAUUACGGAGAUAUAGAUGACUUUGAUAUUUACAUUGAUUUAAGUGGCAUUUCAGAGCUCUCAAAGGUCAGAAAGGAUGCAUCAGGGGUUGAAAUUGGAGCAGCAGUCACAAUAGCUAAAGCCAUUGAAGCUCUAAAGCAAGAGGGAGAAAGUGAAUUUCUUGAGGAGUUUGAGAUGAUACUUGACAAAAUUGCUGAUCAUAUGAGCAAAAUUGCAUCAGGGUUUAUUCGCAACACAGCCAGUGUAGGUGGCAAUUUAGUAAUGGCACAAAAGAAAAAUUUUCCUUCAGAUAUUGCCACGAUACUUCUCGCUGUGGAUGCAGUGGUACGUAUAUGGAGUGGUGGACAUUUUGAAUGGCUUUCGUUAGAGGAGUUCCUGGAAGGAACACCGUUAGGUUGGGGGAGUGUACUUCUAAGUGUCAAAAUCCCAAGGUGGGAAUCGAUUAAAAUUACUUCUUCAGAAUGCAGAAGUAAAUUCUUCUUUGAAACAUUCCGAGCUGCUCCUCGACCCCUUGGAAAUGCCUUGCCCUAUUUAAGUGCUGCUUUCUUGGCCGAGGUUUCUCCAUGCAAUGAUUCUGUUGGGACCAGGAUCAAUUCCUGUAGGUUGUCUCUUGGAACCUGUGGAAUUAAACAUGCAAUUAGAGCGAAAAUUGUUGAGGAACUACUAGUAGGGAAGCUGCUAGAUCUUAGGAUUUUAUAUGAAGCCGUCAUAUUGCUUAAGACUACUGUGGUACCUGAAGAUGCAACCUCAAGGGCUGCUUAUCAGUCAAGCUUGGCAGCUGGUUUUCUUUAUGAGUUCUUUAAUCCCUUCAUUGACAACUCUGUUGAAAUCUUCAAUAGAUACUUUAAUGGAUACUCUUGCUCUUCUUUUGCAAGGGCCUCUGAAAUGAAAGAGAACCAGAUGCUUGUCCAUCAUGAUAUAAUUCCAACUUUACUUUCAUCUGGAAAGCAAGUCCUUCAAUUAGGUAGUGAGUAUUCUCCCAUUGGUGAGCCAGCUAUGAAAUCCGGUGCUGCAUUACAAGCUUCAGGUGAGGCUGUGUUUGUGGAUGACAUUCCUUCACCGACAAAUUGCCUACAUGGAGCCUAUAUAUAUAGCACAAGGCCUUUGGCGCGGGUAAAGAGUAUAAAGAUAAAUCCUGAAUUGCAUCUGGAUAGAGGGAGGUCAAUUAUUUCAAAGCAAGACAUUCCUGAAAGUGGGGAGAACAUUGGUUCGAUGACUAUAUUUGGUGUCGAACCUUUAUUUGCAGACAGGAUCACUAGAUGUGCUGGUGAACGUCUUGCUGUUGUGUUGGCAGAUACACAGAAACUCGCAGAUAUUGCUGCAAAGACUGCAGUUGUUGAUUAUGAAUAUGAGGAUCUUGAGUCACCUAUUCUUUCUGUGGAAGAAGCAGUAGAAAGAUCUAGCCUUUUUGAAGUUCCACCUUUCUUAUAUCCACAGCAUGUUGGCGAGCUAUCAAAAGGAAUGGCUGAAUCAGAUCACAAGAUUCUUUCUGCUGAGAUCAAACUUGGAUCUCAGUACUAUUUCUAUUUGGAGACCCAAACUGCACUUGCUGUACCUGAUGAAGACAACUGUAUGGUGGUUUACAGUUCUUCUCAAUGCCCUGAGUUUACCCAUUCUACUAUAGCAAGAUGCCUUGGUGUUCCUGAGCAUAAUGUUCGUGUAGUUACAAGAAGGGUUGGGGGAGGUUUUGGUGGAAAGGCCAUAAAAUCUGUACCUGUUGCUACAACAUGUGCACUUGCAGCGCAGAAACUUAAUCGCCCUGUCAGGAUGUAUCUGAACCGCAAAACAGAUAUGAUGAUGGCUGGAGGAAGGCAUCCUAUGAAGAUAACUUAUAGCGUUGGAUUUAAGGAUAAUGGGAAAAUUACUGCACUAGAACUUAAGAUAUUGAUAGAUGCAGGGAUAUAUACAGAUGUAAGUCCAAUAAUGCCACAUAACAUAGUUGGGGCACUUAAAAAGUAUGACUGGGGUGCUCUAUCUUUUGAUAUGAAGGUAUGCAAAACAAAUCGUCCUAGUAGAUCUGCAAUGCGAGGCCCUGGAGAUGUCCAGGGAUCUUUUAUUGCUGAAGCUGUUAUAGAACAUGUGGCAUCUACACUUUCAAUGGAUGUUGAUCUUGUUCGAAGCAUUAAUCUUCAUACAUACAAAAGUCUUUAUGCAUUUUAUGGGGGGUCUUCAGGUGAAGUUUUUGAGUAUACCUUGCCUUCUAUAUGGAAUAAGUUAGCUGUUUCUGCAACCUAUGACAGGAGGACUGAAACGGUAAAAGAGUUUAACAAAACUAACAUUUGGAAGAAAAGGGGCAUAUCUCGGGUACCAAUUGUGCAUCCAGUGAGUCAGAGGCCAACUCCUGGAAAGGCAAGUAUUUUAAGGGAUGGGUCCGUAGUUGUUGAAGUUGGAGGAAUCGAACUAGGUCAGGGCCUCUGGACUAAAGUAAAACAAAUGGCUGCUUUUGCUCUCAGUGCAAUUCAAUGUGAUAACAUUGGGAACCUUGUAGAUAAAGUACGGGUUGUACAAUCUGAUACCUUAAGCAUGAUUCAAGGGGGAUUUACUUCUGGGAGCACUACAUCGGAGUCAAGCUGUGAGGCAGUUCGGCUUUGCUGCAAUGUCUUGGUUGACAGGUUAAGGCCUCUCAAGGAAAAGCUGCAAAAGGAGAUGGGUUCCAUCGAGUGGGAGACACUUAUUUUUCAGGCACACUUGCAAGCUGUGAACUUAUCAGCAACUUCUUUUUUUGUCCCUGGUAUCACUUCCAUGAAUUACCUAAAUUAUGGCGCUGCUGUAAGUGAGGUGGAAAUAAAUCUUCUGACUGGAGCAACAACAGUUUUGCAAACAGAUAUCCUCUAUGAUUGUGGACAGAGUCUUAACCCUGCUGUGGAUCUAGGACAGAUUGAAGGAGCUUUUGUCCAGGGGCUAGGGUUUUUUAUGCUGGAAGAAUAUGGAACAAAUCCUGAUGGAUUAGUGUUGGCAGAUGGAACUUGGAACUACAAAAUACCUACAAUAGACACUAUACCUAAACAGUUCAAUGUAGAAAUCCUCAACAGCGGACAUCACAAAGAACGUAUUCUUUCUUCGAAGGCUUCUGGUGAACCGCCAUUGCUUCUAGCAUCUUCAGUUCACUGUGCUACUAGAGCUGCCAUUAAAGAGGCCAGAAAACAGCUUCUUUCAUGGAGCAACUUGGAUGCGUCUGAUUAUUUAACAUUCCAGUUGGAGGUCCCAGCAACCAUGCCUGUGGUAAAGCAACUUUGUGGACUUGACAAUGUGGAAAGAUACUUGAAGUGGAGAUUGAGCAACAAGUGAAAAGAUGUCUCCUGAAAAGAAACAAUCUGAAUGUUCUGCCUUAAUAAAAAUAAUCGGAAAUCUUGUAUAAUGCAUCCCCACUUCCCAGAUUGAUGGAGAUAAAAGAGAAGGUGGAUGUCCAAGAAUAAAGUUUAGCUCCCACUGCCAAUGGCCUAGUGGCCUAAUAGCAUGAAAGGUCAAGAGUUCGGUUUCGAUUAUAACAGCAAGCAGUUAGUGCUUUCCUCUUCAAUUAAAGUUAAGCUUCCACUGCUACCACUGCUUAAACUCUACCUCCGCCGUUUCCAUGGCUUCCUUUGCCUUGAAUCAAGUAUAUAUUGUUUUUGUUUAUUUUGAUAUUUUCGUAGUUGUUGCUAGUCCAGUACCAUCCCCAUCAUCAUAUUUCUUAGGUUAUCACUAAAUAUUAUUAUCAUUAUCAUUAAUAUUCUUAUAGUUAUUUUAUUAA